UUCGGUUAGUGGUCCUCGUUUCUGUUGAAUCCAUCUGACAGAUGGACUAGAUGUAUGUGUAUUUUAGAAAGGUUUUCUUCACCGGAAAAGUCUGCAAUUGCAAUACUAGUCAUGGCCACCAUCAUCGUCAUCGUAUCGCUUCGUUGCCCUGUCACCGUCCGACAAAGCCAUUGUUGCAUUCCCGUGAGAUCAUCCGGCAUGGCACAUUCUACAUACCAGUAUGAAACACCUGCCGGGGAGACAGCAACAUUGAAGAUUUACACAGAGUAACUGUUUAUCUAUAAAGGGGCUCCGGUUAGACGUGUUACAGAUACAAUAAGGUCCACUAUCUUAACCCUAUAAAUUUCUGAACGUUUCGCAUUUAA